UUUUCGACAUUUGAAUGAAAUCCAUUCUUAUCACAUAUAUUUCGAUUUUGAUCGCAGUGGUUAAUGCUGAUUUGUGCAAUUUGGAUGUAAAAAUGUUGGAAGAAGAUGCACCGGUUAUUUAUGGGCUUGAAUUCCAAGCUCGUGCUUUGGCGCCGCAACAGGCUGAAACAGAGGCGGUGCGAUUUUAUGUCGGCACUCAAUCUUUGAAGUUUGACAACCAAGUUCACCGCCUAGAGUUGGACGAGGAGAGCAAUAUGAUCAAAACAGAAAUUUUCCUGCACACAGAAGGAGAAAUUUGGCACAUAUCUUCGUCGCCAACAGACAAAAACAUAAUAUCGACGGUCUACAAUCAUAUAUCAGCAACCAACAAGACUUGCAGCAAACACACAGCUGUUUGGAAAACUACAGACGAAGCCAGUUCGUCCUCUGAAAUCUGCAGUCUUAAUCUUUUAACAAAACUGAACACUGCACCACUGGGUGAGGACAUCAAGUGCACCUAUUUUCAUCCAACGGAAGAAAACAAACUUUUGACUGUGGUCGAUGGAAAUUUUGCCAUCUGGGAUCUGAACACUGCAGGCAAAACGUGUGAUGCGGCAACAAAGGGCGCCAUUGAAGGAAAAGGACAGCCAAAAUUUUCAACAGCAAAAUGGAAUCCUCAUCAAGGAAAAAGUCAGUUGGCUACGGCUAAUGAAAUGUUUAUCAGAGGCUGGGAUACGAGGACUUCUCAGGAGGCUUGGGUCAUCGAAAGUGCCCACAACCAACUAGUCAGGGAUAUCGAUUUCAAUCCGAACCGGCAGUAUUUCUUGGCUAGUUGUGGUGACGACGGAAACAGUAAAUUCUGGGACAUUCGAAAAACCAGUUCACCAGUCGUAACAAGAGCGGACCAUUCCCACUGGGUGUGGUGCAUCCGUUUCAACCACUUCCACGACCAACUUGUUUUGACCUCAAGUACAGAUUCAAGAGUGAUUUUGCUCAGCGCAGCGUCCAUUUCAUCUGAGCCUUAUGGGCACAUAGUUGAGGAAGAGUCUCCAAGCGAAGAAAAGUCUGCACCUUUGAAGGACGGCGUCUUGGCCAUUUACGAAGAGCACGAAGACAGCGUGUAUGCUGUGGAGUGGUCAAGCGGGGACCCUUGGACUUUCGCAUCCCUGAGUUACGAUGGUCGACUCAUAAUUAACCAGGUUCCAAAGUCAGAAAAAUACAGACUACUCCUUUGAAACAUUUUGAAAUUUUUAUUUGUGAGGUUGCAUUUCGACAACAUUGUGAAGCCUUACAUUCCAAAUAGAUUUAUUUUACAAAAUAAAAUUUUCAGAUUUA